GUAGCGGUCCCCGCGCAUGCGCACCGCACCACGGUCGCGCGGAGCGGCCGUGCGGGCGGAGCCCGCGGGAGGCUAGGCAGCCUGGAGGAGGCGGGCGCCGCGGCGCGGCGGGAGCCGCAGGAGGACGAGGAGGACGAGGAGGACGAGGAGGAGGCGCUGCCGCACUCCGAGGCGGUGGACGUGUUCCAGGAGGGUCUGGCCAUGGUGGUACAGGACCCGCUGCUCUGCGACCUUCCGAUCCAGGUUACUUUGGAAGAGGUCAAUUCCCAAAUAGCACUAGAAUACGGCCAAGCAAUGACAGUCCGAGUGUGCAAGAUGGAUGGAGAAGUUAUGCCUGUGGUUGUAGUCCAGAAUGCCACAGUCCUGGACCUGAAGAAGGCCAUCCAGAGAUACGUGCAGCUCAGGCAGGAGCGAGAAGGGGGCAUUCAGCACAUCAGCUGGUCCUAUGUGUGGAGGACGUACCACCUGACCUCUGCAGGAGAGAAGCUCGCAGAGGACCAGAGGAAGCUCCGAGAUUAUGGUAUCCGGAAUCGGGAUGAGGUGUCCUUCAUCAAAAAGCUGAGACAAAAGUGAGUCCGCCUGCCGAUGCAGGGGAUACGGGUUCGUGCCCCGGUCUGGGAGGAUCCCAUAUGCCGCGGAGCGGAUGGGCCCGUGGGCCAUGGCCGCUGGGCCUGCGCGUCCGGAGCCUGUGCUCCGCAACGGGAGAGGCCACAACAGUGAGAGGCCCACAUACCGCAAAAAGAAAAAAAAAAAAAAAGUGAAUCUCCAGACAUGGAAAACCCUCUGUGCUGGUGGCCGAGCUCUUCCCCGGGAGGAGGAAGCCUUGGCCACCGUGCCCUUUUUCCAGAAGAGUGCUGAGAUAGCCUCACCCCAGCUGGACCCACCUGGACUCUCAACGUGAACCCCGAUCCCAUGGCGGAUCCCACAGGCUGUGGGCCUGGCCCUGUAUACAGAAUAAACCUAUUUGUUUCUGA